AUGAUUAUUUCUUCAGAAUCUUAUUCUCAAUCAGUGAACAAAGUUGUUUUGAUGAUUAUUGAUGCUUUUCGCAAUGAUUUUAUAUAUGAUUUCAAUGAUAAUAUGCCGUUUCUACAGAGGAUUAUUAAAGAUAGACAUACGUGUGCUUUUGUAUCUGAAAUUAAGACGCCUACUGUAACAUUGCCAAGAAUAAAGGCCUUAACAACUGGAUACAUUCCAGCGUAUAUAGAUGUAGUCUUGAAUUUUGGUACUCAAGCCUUAACAACGGAUAAUAUAAUAUACCAAUUUAAUUCCAAUUCCAAAGAUCUAGUUUUUUAUGGUGAUGAUACAUGGCUUAAAUUAUUUCCAAAUUCAUUUAAAAGAUUUGAGGGAACAACUUCCUUUUAUGUUACAGAUUUUUAUGAGGUAGAUUACAAUGUGACGAAAAAUGUUAGAACAGAGUUGCUUAAUGAUGAUUGGAGUGUUAUGAUUUUACAUUACCUAGGGCUUGAUCACAUUGGUCAUGUAGAAGGACCCCAGGGAAAACAUAUUAAGCCAAAAUUGAAAGAAAUGGAUGAUGUGAUUGAAUAUAUUUACAAAAAUUUAAUAAAAAUGGAUUCCGAAAAAAAUAAAAAUUUAUUCAUUAUUAGUGGAGACCAUGGUAUGAGGGACUCAGGUGGUCACGGAGGUUCAUCUGAACCAGAAACAAACAUUCCACUUAUAUUUGCUGGAAACUUAUGUGAAGAUACAAAUUUUAGAUUAGAGCAUGUUCAACAAAUAGAUUUAGUUCCAACCUUAUCAGUAUUAUUAGGAAUUCCAAUACCAAUGGGCAGUAUUGGGGUACUUAUUGACUCUGUGAUAACAAGACUGAAUUCUGAACAACAAAUGUAUGCUCUGUAUUAUAAUGCAAUGCAUUUAGCAAAGCAUUGUCAUGAACGAUUAGAGAGUUCUUAUAGCAAUGAAUACUACAAGGAUUAUCUGAAGGCUGUGAAAUUGUAUGAACGUUGGCUAUUGAGUAAUAAAACAGAUGAUUUAUUGAAGAAGCAAUCUUCAAUAUUAUUUAUAUCAUCUAUGAAACAAAUGAGUAAAGAACUUAGUUCAUUGGGAACAAAUUAUAAUGAAUUUUAUCUGAUAUUAUCAAUGAUACUCGUGUUUGAGGCACUUGGUAUAAUAUUAUCAACAUUUUUAAUUGGAGAUCUCUCAUUACAAGUUUUUAAAAAUACUUAUAAAAAACUAUUUGGUGCAACAGUAUUGACAACAAUUUUAACAGUCACACAUAUAUUAUGCACACAAAACGUAAUGACUAUUUGGAUAUUAUUAUUCAACACACUAAUAUCUGUGGUGUUGAGCAUAAAUUUGUAUAUUAUCAAAAAUGUUGCUAGCAAAUUUACACUUUGUUUGAAUAACACAAAUAUUGAAAUCAUUUUCAUGAUUUUUGGAAUUAUUCUACACGCCCUGAGCUUAUCGGCAACGAGUUUUAUAGAAGAAGAGCACAUGAUUUACUAUCAUUUAAGUAGCAGUUAUCUUAUCAUCUUGUUAAUAGGUCACAUUUGCCGUUUGUUUGCAAAAUAUAAACAUAAAGAGACAAGAAUAUAUUUUACCGAUUAUGAACGAAUAAUAAAAGUAUUUUGUUCACUGUCUGCAUUGAGAAUUUUAAGAGAUCUUAAUAGCACUGGUGACAAACAUCAGAAUGCAUACGAUUACUCUGACUGGCUCAAUGAAAGUGAUCAUGUUUUGGAACACUCUGUAUUAUAUAUUAUUGGUUUAUGCAGCAUCUUCAUCACAAUAGCAAAUCAUAUCAACUGCAACAAGAUUCUUAAAUACGCUAUUCUUUUCCAUAUAUUUCAUCACAUUUACUAUUUUAAAAGCUUAACAUAUAAUAUUAUCAAACUGCCAAUAACGCUGAUUCCUUCUGAUUACAUAUUAUUGAAUAUUCUAGUCGUGAUAUCAAUUAUUAUUUUGAUAUCAUCAAAUAAAACACAAAAAAGUAAAUUAAUUUUAGCCUCAUUUUUAUUAUACUUAUCAUUUCUUCAAAAGCCACAUAAUGUGUUUUUGCUAUCUUCGAUUAUAUUUAUUUUGAAUAGCAUUUUUAAUUUCGACGUCGUCGAAACAAAAAUAUCUUUUAAUCCGAGGUUUAUUGGAGCUAUCUGGAUCGGAUUUACUUUCUAUUUUAUGCAGGGCAAUUCCAACAAUCUGGCGACUGUGGAUGUCUCUUCCGGAUAUUCUGGCUUGUCGUUUUACAAUCCUUUUAUAGUUGCUCUUCAAAUCGCGUUUUUAACAUAUUCAGGACCACUUCUUGCCAUAGUUAAUACAUUGGUUCAUAUCAAUAUUCAAGACUUAGAUAAGUUUAUAGCAAAUAUAUUUUUAUGUAAGUUAGUACCACUGAGUUGGUAUUUAGUAAUGGUGUAUUUUCAAAGAAACCACUUAUUUGCAUGGACAGUUUUUGCCCCUAAGUUGAUAUACGAAUCAGCGCAUAUCAUAAUAACUUUAAUAACUGGAUUUGUAUUGUGUGCUAUUUGUUUCACAAGCGAUAAAUAUAAAUUAAUUUAA